AUCAGCUGUCCCUGAAAGAUCAACUGAGUCUGCAAAAAAACGGGGAAUUGUGGGAGGCGAUGAGCUGUGUGAAGGAAUGUGUUCAUCCUUGUGUUGACGCGUCUCUAAGUGAAGUCUCAGCUCUUAACAUGGAGACGGAUCUAAAAAGGACUGUAGAGGCGGUGAAGCGGUGGCAGCUCAGCGGGACAGACGGCCUGCGCUCCGGCACCAGCUUCAGCACCUGGACCCCGCUGAACAACAAGCAGAGCAACGCACAGUUAUUCGAGGAGAGAGUGAACCUUGUGCUCCACUGGUUUGACCUGUGGACCGACAAACAGAGGAAACACCUGCUGCAUUCUCUGCUCACGCGCUGCGCCAAGACACAGCUCACGUACUGUCGGGAUUUACUGAAGGAGACUGUUCCUGUGACUCAAGUGGACUUCACAGCGGUUCUUCCAAGGUUUCUGUCCCUGUAUGUGUUGUCGUUCCUGUCCCCUCGUGAUCUCUGCUCAGCCGCCCAAGUCAGCUGGUACUGGAGGGUCCUUGCCGAACAGGACUGCAUCUGGGCAAGCCGAUGCACCCGAAGAGGCUGGUUCCUUCCCUACACUCCUGGAGAAAAGGAGUAUGGAGCGUGGAAGAACCACUAUGUCUCCUGCGUCUCCACACUGGACUGGCUUACUCCGCGGGAGGCGGCUGAGCAGUACGGCACCCUGAACCAGCAAAGCACAGGGAUGACCGAGGAGGAGGAGGAGAGGAGGAAUGAGAGGAGGAUCAGGGAGAUGAUCAGAGGGAAGCUUCAGGAGGAGAAGAGACUGUCUCUGAGAACCAGGAAAGCAUGGGGCAGCCUCACAAAGCAAGGAGUCCGAGGUGGAAGUACCCAGAUGAGGAGACCUGACUCUGGGAUAACUUCCAAUUCUUGGCCAUCCCUUUCCUGGCGUCUAAACACUGUUGGGUCUUCCAGCCUCUGUCUUGCUCAGAGCGUGGAGGGAGCUCAGGCCUCUGCUUUAUUCAGUGAAAGGCCAAACAAAGCCUGUGGAGCCCUGUCCUCCUUCACCCACAGUCCUGCACAACAACACACAGUCUCUCCCACUGAUCGACGCACAACCACUCUCUUAUUUCUGAUCUCCGACAGAGUAUCUGCUUAUGAGAUGGUUCUGAGUGGUGUGAAGGCAGGAGUGACUGUGAUCAUGUACGACCACAGAGGGACCCCCUCAGCUCUGCUAACCCAGGUGGAGAGGGCUAUAUCUGGGCAGAGAGUUCAGAGGUUGGGCCUUCUUGCUCCAGGAGGAACGGAGGAAAUCUAUCUGCUUCAAAGUUACACCCUGUCAGAGAGGACUUUACUUACCCCCGACCAUAGAGAAUUCUGGGAAAAACUAUGUGGCUGGGUGGCACCGACUGUAGACGGGGGAGGAAUCGACAUCUUCUCCCCGCUGGCUGCGUCUGGUUGGGACACAUACUACACAGUAAUCUGUAUUUCUGCUUUAAGUUGUGUUUCCUGUUACUUCAUCUCACUUUUUUCUCUCACAGCAUCCGGAGUAGCACUCAUCCAAACUCUCUCUACCCUAACUGGAGUGGAGGUCUGGGCCCCGAUGGGUUUUGCGACCGGAAGUUUCCAGAACAUUCUGAGUGAGUGGUCAAACAGCGGCGUGUGUGCCGGGCCAUCGAACCAGCGACCAGCAUCCCCAGGGCUCCACUAUGUGACUGAGAGUGUUCUGGAGGGCUGGUGCAGACAGGCUGAGUGGAUGGAGGAGGCUCUGGGGCAGCUGAGGGUCUGCCUGGGGCCACGGCUGCAGCAGGUCGGCCUCCAGGCCAGGGGCAGAGCCCUCGGUCAUUAUCUGUGGGAGAAAAUCUGCCUGGAGGAUCUUUCUGUGUCUAAAGAUCUAAGCGAGGCUCUGACUGAGGGACUUGCUGCCCUCACCCGACAGGAAGAGACCAGACCUUUGGAGUUUCUCAUAAUUUUUUUCACGAGGUGGAGUGAGGUGAAGGAGAGAGGAGGGAGUCAUCCAAAGGACGAGUGGAGAGCUGAAGGAGCAGACGAUUUCUCAUUGGCACGGCGUAACUCCCAGAGAUUAGUGCCUGAGCUACCACAAACCGAAUUAGAUUGGAGAGGUGUCGCUGCCAGAGAGCUGCACCACAGCGAGUGUCUUUAUCUGGGGAGACUGGGCGCUGUGCUGAAGGUGUACCAGGAGCCUCUUGCUGCAGCUCUGAACUCCAACAGAGCCAUUAUCAGCUACGCCGACAUCCAGAUUAUCCUCAGCCCUGUCGUGCAAAUACUGGAGCUCAACAGAGUGUUUCUGGGAGAUCUCCAGGCGAGGCUGCAGCAGUGGGGUGCUGAGCAGUGUGUUGGAGACGUGUUUGUAAAACUCUGCUCAGGUCUCAGAGUCUACACCAACUACCUGAACAACUACACCACGGCCCUGUGCACCAUCGACAAGUGCAGGGAGACAAAACCUUCGUUUCGGGCUUUCCUGAAGAGAGCAGACAGAACUCUUGCAACACACAUGCUGAGCCUACAGGAGCUGCUGCUGUGUCCAGUGUGGAGAAUACAGGAGUACGUGACCCUGCUUCAAGCUCUGUCCUUACACACACAUCUCGGCCACCCUGACCACACACACGUCUCCUCUGCCCUAAACACGCUGCGACUCUACAGAGACUUCAUACAAAAGUUAAAGCGUAAUUCAGAGAGAGACAGACUGAUGGAAGAAACACAGCAGAUGAUCCAAGGCUGUCCGAACCUCAGGGAAGGAAACCGGCAGCUGAUAAUAACUCAGGAUGCUGCUCUGCUCAGGAGUCCUGACGAACAGAUUCCAGACUCUCUCAGGACCUAUGAGCAGGUGUCAGAAGUGGGCCUCUUCCUGUUUAAUGACGCUCUGGUGCUGACACGGCGAACCGUGCAUCACACACCUUUCACGCUGACGCACCAGAGCACACACACUUUCCUGGCGUCUGUGGCCCUCACCAGCCUGGCUGUCAGAGAGAUCACACACACGCGCUAUGUUCGCCACGCCUUCGUCCUGGAUGGUCCUCGCCGUUCGUGGGUCUGUGCCACAGAGAGAGUUGACGAGAGGGAUCACUUCCUGUCUGUGCUGCGUUCAGCCAUCAACGUCGCUCUGACCCCACAUCAGUGACACAAGGAGGUUUGGACACCACACCACCACUGAUUUUACAAAGACCAGGAAAGCCUCAACAGAUAAUAGUUUCAUAUCGGUCAGAUACUUAACAUACUGAUACUGAAAUGCAAACCAUUACAGCGUGAUUGAUGCUGCUCAUUGUGAUUUCUACUCUCUUGCUCUGUGAACCUGGUAUAGCUUGAACUGCUGCAGUGGUUUCGUGUGUUGUAAUAAGUUGUUGUAAGUUGUUGUCACAGUGGAUACUGGACCUUGGUUUGUUUGGUCUUGGACAGUGCUUUGUGGUCCCGUCUUAUCUUUUUGCGUGAAAACACUUGUAAAUACAACUAAGUGGAUUUUGUUAGAAGGUUAGGUUUUCACCCUCUGUGAAAACCUGUCC